GAAUAUUGAAAGAACGCUAUUGCUUGUGAAGUGGUUUUCCGUCAAAUUGCAUCGCAAUAGUGAGAUUUUUGGCAAUCCAGUGAACUCUCUAAACACUCUGCAACAUCGUGCGCGUAGCACGAGAUGAUAGCAUUCACAAACACACGGAAAAUAGCGUGAAAUGUGAAUGAUGUCGAAUGACAGUGAGACCAGUUCGUCAACAAAUCGCAGCAGUCCGCCCGCCACUGCGCCAAGCAAAAGCCGCGGUCCGGGAAGACCCAAGAAACCCCCUAUGAGUCCGUGCACAUGGUGUGCCGAGACGAAGAUACAGUUGAAGUAUGUGCUGCCCACGCAGAAUGGGAAGAAGGAGUUCUGCUCUGAGCUGUGCAUCACGGAGUUCCGGAAGGCGUACAGCAAGGGUGCCUGUAUACAGUGCGACAACGUGAUUCGGGAUAAUGCGCCCCAUCGGGACUUCUGUUCCAACUUCUGCAUGAAUAAGCACUCGAAGAAGCUGUCCGCCAACGGCGGCUCGAGUCAGUCGCAUAGCAAUAACAACAACAUUGAGAACAUAAACGACAGCAAUGGGAACAACGUCAACCACGAUGACCGGACGAGUCCCAUAAGUCAGUCGGGACCAUUCCAGUAUGAGCCGCUGCGCGUCUUCAACUGGGAUGAGUAUCUGAAGAAAACCGGAAGUGUAGCUGCGCCUUCUGAGUGCUUCAAGCAGGCUCCCAAUCCGCCGAUCAACGACUUCAAGAUGGGCAUGAAGCUAGAGGCUCUGGACCCGCGCAAUGUCACUUCCAUCUGCAUAGCAACAGUCGUGGGUGUUUUGGGGGCACGCCUGAGGCUCCGCCUUGACGGCAGUGAUAACAAGAAUGACUUCUGGCGCCUCGUGGACUCGGAUGAAAUCCACCCGAUUGGCCAUUGUGAGAAGAACGGCGGAAUGCUGCAGCCUCCGCUGGGCUUCCUGCUCAACGCUAGCACUUGGCCCACGUUCCUGUGCAAGACACUCAAUGGCGCCACGACGGCGCCUGAGGAGAUUUUUCAACGUGAGCCGCGCACGCCGCGCGUGAAUGCCUUCAAAGUGGGACAGAAGCUCGAAGCGGUGGACAAGAAGAAUCCUCAGCUCAUCUGCUGUGCCACUGUCGAUGCGGUGAAGGACGAUCAGAUUCAUGUGACCUUCGAUGGGUGGCGAGGAGCGUUCGACUAUUGGUGUCGCUACGAUUCCCGUGACAUCUUUCCCGUUGGCUGGUGUGCCAAGAGUUGCCACCCAAUUCAGCCGCCCGGACAGAAGAACAAGUUCGACUCGACGUCCAAGGGUAAGCACACGAAGCGCUCCAGCGUCGCGCUCGCCGAUGUGGACGCCAUGACGCCGACCAAGCCCGUGACUGUGCACUUUCACACACGAUGCAAGGGCGGACCGUACAUUAACGGCUCGCGCUUGCCGCCGAAGCUGACGGCGCCCAGUCACUCGAUCCUUGCCAAGCUAUGCCUUGAGGCGAUUCUCGCCGCCAGUUCCAACACGUCGCAGCUGUCGCAGCUCCUCUUCGCACUCGAAGGCGAGGUGCACAUCGUCACGGCGGCUGGGCAGAACUUCACAGUGAAGAUUCCCAGUUACUUGCGGAAGAAGGGCAACAGCGCCAUGGUGGAGUUCCUGGAGAUGCUGUGCACCACAGUGAAGAGCUGUGGCAACUUUAUAACACUGGAACCCGGGCCGGAGCACUGCUCCGCCUGCGCUGCGCCGCUCAAGAGACCAGCAGAGACGGAGAGCACAGCGCCCGGGUCGAUGAGUCCCAAGAGGAGGCGCGUGGCUGAGCAGGAAACCGCCACGUCGACCACGACAAAUGACUCACCAAUUCCAUCCUCAUCAACAGGCACAUCUUCGUCACCUUGUUUAGCGGUGAACCAGCAGAAUUCAUCGGGAAGCCCUCAAAUGCCCACAUCUUCACCCAGUGAGUGGACGAUUGAGGAAGUCAUCGACUAUAUUGCCAUCACAGAUCCAGCUCUAGCCAUUCAUGCUGAUCUCUUCAGGAAGCACGAGAUUGAUGGAAAAGCCCUGCUUCUGCUGAACUCAGACAUGAUGAUGAAGUACAUGGGAUUGAAAUUAGGACCAGCUUUAAAGAUUUGCAAUUUGGUGACACGAGUGAAGGGCAGAAGACCGCUGAGCUUCAAAGAGUAGAUCUCUUGACGCGAAAGAGAGUGAUGCUGUGGAAAAUACACAUCUCGUCAAUGAACAGAGCAAGGAUUUUCUGAUUUUAUUUCAUCGUCAUUUCUUAGUUUCUUGUGAUAUAAUUCACAUCAAAUGCAAUGGAGGUUUGAGAGUGAGUCCGGUGGGAGUUUUCUUUCUUGUAACUUGUGAUUAUUAUUACUUUCUGUACGGAGCUUUGCUUCUUAAGUUUUUAAAGUACGGACAAUAAUGUAGUAAUUUUUGUCCGGAAUAUGAAGAAUACGUAAUUUGUGUUUAGAAUGUAUUUUACAAUAAUUUUAGAAUCCGUGCAACGGCACUUUAUGGAAUACCUUUUAUUUAUUUGUCAUUUUAUGCAAUUCUAAUAUGGCAUAGAAUUAAGUUAUGAUUUUCCACUGCAUCACUUGAACUUCUGCAGAGGAAUUCAUCCCACUUUCACUUAAAGACGCUCUUUUCAGAACGACACAGUGUAACAAUAAGAAAAAUUCUAUAGAAAUUAGACAUCAAGUACACAAAAGCGAGCAAUAGAAAAUCCCCUUUUCCAUAGUAUUCACGAAAAGGUAUAAAGAAACUGUAAUCACACCUCAAAAGGCAUUAAGUAGAGUCGAUUUUUUGGGGGAGAAGCAGAGAAGAUAUGUUGUGCAUUGAUCUCUGAAUUCCUUGCGACAUAGAAGUGCGCGCGCUAUUGUUAAAUUUCAUGAAGAAUUUAAUGAGAUAUGUUAUUGAAUUGACACCCAGAAUGCAAGUGUAGCACAUUGUAACUCUUUUCCUGGCAAAGUUCGAGCCUCAUAAAAUAAGCAAGCAAGAGAAUCAAAUUGUGUUUUGCCUCAAAACAUCACGCAAUUCUUUCAAAAUACAUAAGUAAUUGAUUAAAAUGCAUGCUGUACUUUUUGUGUAUCAUAAUCUACUCUAUAAGGCAUAUUUUAGGGUAUAAUGAGAAUAUAAUUUGGACAGCGAGAAAUUUGUAAAUACAAAAGUUUGGAGAAGAAUUAUAUUAUCACCAUCAAUAAA